UGACUAUUUUACUUUACCUUUAUUAAGCGAACCGACUUCUGGGUCAGAAACUGGCUGGCUGGGGAAUUCUGGGAGUUGAAGUCCGCACACAAUGAGCGAGGCUGAAGAACCUGUGUUUGCUUUCGUUGCUUUUAAGUUGACAGGGUGCAUCUUUAGCGCGUGGCAAUAACAAAAUAGAACUGGUCUACUUUAAAAGAAUUUGCAUGUCCUUGUAUUUAUUUAUUUUUCUUGAAGGGUGGCCGUUGAGAAAGGGAAUAAUUGAUUGUGCCUGGGAUUUAGUUCCAUGGGACUAAUAGAAUUUGUCUUUGCUUGCCAGAAGCUGCUGAGGAAGGUUGCAAAUCGCCCAACCCCAGGAUGCUUUGUCAAGUUUAACCCCCCGUGACUGCGUGGAUGCUGCAGCGGUCAUAAGUGUGCCAAUUAUUUUUUUGAGGAGCGGAACCCAGAAAUAAGAUCAUGGGGGACAACAUCCACAUCCAUGCUUGGUCUUGCUCCUAUUAUCUCAACUCGGGGAAGCAGUGGGUUCCUGGAAAACUCCUGCUGACGCCGGUUUCGGUCAAGUUUAAGGCGGACAAAUCCGGAGAGAUCCUGGCCAGCUUUCCCCUUUCCUCCAUCAGCGAGAUCAAGAAAGAAUCGUCCGCCUUAAUCUUCAGUUCCCUAACCCUUUUAGAGAGCAACACCAAGCAUUGGUUCAGCUCCCUUCAGCCCAACCGAAACGUCAUCUUCAACGUGCUGGAGCAUUUUUGGAGAGAACAACUCCUGUCGCCCGGCGGAGCCAGGCCACAGAUGGCCUGCGUCCAGACGUCCAAGGGCAAAGAAUUGACCGGCUUACUGACGGGAUCGGAGAAGCGCCUGGAAGAUACCGCCAAGGUCCUGGAGCACCAGGGCGAACAGUUUGAUAACAUCAUAAAAGGCCUGGACAAGAUCGAGUCGGAGAUGGAUGUGGCGGACAGGUUGUUGUCCGAACUCGAGUCUCCAUCUUGGUGGCCUUUCGGUGGGAAGCUCCCCAGGGCCGUGUCCGAAGCGGGGAAGGCGAAGGAGAACCCCACGGCUUCCCCCUCCAAAAACAAAGAUGGCGUCAUCAUGCAUAUCCCAGUUAUCAUCACCGAACGGACCGAUGCUCACGUCAAGCCGGGCAGCCUCACCCUCUUAGUCUCCGGACUGAGGAUCUGCGACGCCAAUUCCCAGCUGCUGCACUGGUUCGACAAGAGGGAGGUGGACGACGUGAGGGUCCAGAGCCCUUACGAAAUCUGCGUCCGCCAGAGGUUUAUCGGCAAGCCAGAUAUCUGCUACCGGCUGCUGUCGGCAAAGAUGCCUGAAGCCAUCCCGUUCCUGGAGGUGCAGUUCAACAAGAAGAUCCAGUUCUCGGAGGACGCUUUGGCGCUGGCACGGGCUAAGAGGGCGUCUUCUCCGGAGGAGGCGGGGCCCUCCAUUUGGCAAGCAGCCACUGGGUUUAUGGGAAGCCUAGUUCAGGCCGGAGCAACAGCCUCCUCCUCCUCCUCCUCUCGAGGGAGCGGAGACCACCCGGAGCAGCACCAGGCUCAGCUGCAGAAGGAGAAGCAGGUUGUCUCCCAGAGUGAAACGCAGGAAAUCCGCCAGAUCCUUCGGAGGCUGAAGUGCCUGGCCUUGGAGAGCGAAACGGAGCUGGAGCGGCAGGACGAAAGCCUCGACGCCAUCACCUCCUCCGUGGACCGGGCCACCAUGAGUAUCGACCGGCAGAACCGCAGAAUCCGGAAACUCACCUAGGGAACACCCAGAGCAGAGAGGUUCCCCGUUCGUCCCGUGGGCUGACCGCCUGGAAGCGACCUUUAGGCGUCGAAUUGAUUGACAAAUCAAAAAAAAAAAAAUUCACAAAAGAGGAAGU